CGGCGUUAGAUUAGACCGCGGUGCCGGGUGGCCGCCUCCAGAGUUCCAGACUGCCCGAGAGCGACCGGAGCAUCCGCCGCACACUUGCCUCCUCGGCUCGGCAACCUUAACCCACCACUGGAAGGAAACUCCACUACGAGACGCCGCGGGGAUGCCGUCGAAUAAAAACACCCAAGGAGGGAAAACGUUCGGGCUGUUAAAGGAGCAACAAAGGCAGAAACUGGAGGAAAUAAACAAGGAAUUCCUGGAAGACCAGAAGUACAGGGAUGAAGAUGACCUCGCUGAUAAAUUGGAGGGCUUCAAAAAUAAAUAUGCUGAAUUCGACCUGAAUGACCAAGGCGAGAUAGAUCUGAUGGGCUUGAAGCGCAUGAUGGAGAAGCUGGGCGUCCCCAAGACCCACUUGGAGCUGAAGAAGAUGAUCAUGGAGGUGACGGGCGGCACCAGCAGCAACACCAUUGACUACAGGGACUUUGUCAAGAUGAUGCUGGGCAAGCGCUCGGCUGUGCUCAAACUGGUCUUGGUCUUCGAGGACAAAGCCAACGCGGCGCCGUGCAAGCCGGACGGCCCCCCUCCAAAGCGGGACAUCGCCAGCUUGCCUUAAGCCUCCACAGACCGCCAGUCCGGUUUUUUGUCAGCGCGGUGGCGCGUUGUGUCGGCCCGGGACCACUGAUGGACUGAGGUUGUGUUGUCAUGUACGGUGCGUGCAAGGUGUCCUAUUUUUUUAUAUCUUGUUUUUGUUUAGACUUGAGUCGGCAGCUCACUAAAAAGAUGUUUGACUGUGAAUAUUUUUAAAUAAGACGUAGCAUCCAUGGUGUACAUCUCCUCCACGUGUGUAUAGUCGAGUGUUUGAUGCCCGUGUAUUAAGGGAAGAUGCUUUCUUUUUCGUAGAGAAGCACAAGCAGCUUUCUUUCGUCCCAUUUCCACAGCAGGGAUUCUCGCCAUGCCGGUCUCGGUCCGCUUUGGGGCGUUAGAUCGGGCGCCAGAGAUUACAGGCCCACUUCCGCGGGGAUGGAAUACUGAUCUGGAAUCAGUAACUAGCUUAUCGCGUCCGCCUGGUGAAAUAUUUUUAUGCAUUGUCUUUCGAAACACGCUCUCGGUCUGAGGUCAAGCGCGGCGUGAAACGAGGGCACACACCCGCGAUAACGCACAGAAGUACAAUCACGUUCUUUCCAAGUGCCUCGGGAGAGCGUACAAUUGUGUCUCAGCAGUAAAUAACUCCAACACACCCUUGAAA